GAGCAAAUUGCCUCUUCUCGGAGGCAGAUGCAGACGUCACAGAGUAAAGAAUGUGUGAUUGCAUCUGUUGGCUUUUAUGUCCGUUAAUGUCUGUAUUUAUCUCCCCCGUCCUUUAAACUCUUUAAACUCUGGCGUUUUGUGUACGAAAUAUGAUGCAUGUUUUUGUUAUGCAAUCUUUCAAACAUUAAAUCCCUCUUUUCCUACUUAUUUAGUCUGAAUGUUGUACCAGAGUUGUUUAUUUCUGUUUGCGUCCCUCCGUGUCCUCCCUGUUCUCUCUCCUCCCCGUCGUAUAAUUGGAUUUCAUGAGCACUUCCCUUUCAGUGUCUCCCAGCCAGACGCUCCUGUUGGGAGGAACUCACUGGUUUCUCUUUGAUGCACUCUGACAUCUGCAGCAGCAGCAGCAGCAGCAGACUUCACACGACAUCAUCCGUCCUCACACUGCAAUGACCUCGCUGUUGCACCCCCUCCUCCUCUUCCUCCUCAUCCUCCUCCAAGUCCAUCUCUCCAACCAAUCAGGAGACGACCUGAUCCCUCCCAGUCUGUGCACGGGUCACCCCGGUACCCCGGGUUCUUCCGGCGCUCCCGGCGGUCCCGGUCUGCCCGGGAGAGACGGGAGGGACGGGAGGGAUGCUGCACCGGGGGGGGCGGGACCGAAGGGCGACGCGGGAAACCCAGGCGAGGCGGGAAUCCGAGGCCUCGUGGGCGACAGAGGUGACCCCGGAGCGAAGGGCGAGGGGGGGAAGGCGGGAGAGUGCGCGGUGGCGCCCAAAUCGGCCUUCAGCGCCAAACUCUCCGAGGGCCGCGCUCUGCCCCUCGCCGUGGGCGAGGCGGUCGGCUUCGACGAGGUCACCAUCAACGAGCAGGGCGACUACGACGCGGGGACGGGCCGCUUCACCUGCAAGGUGCCCGGGCUUUACUACUUCGCCGUGCACGCCACGGUGUACCGCGCCAGCCUCCAGUUCGACCUGAUGAAGAACGCCCACGCCGCCGCCUCGUAUUUCCAGUUCUUCGGCAACUGGGACAAACCGGCGGCGCUGUCGGGCGGCUCGCUGCUCCACCUGGCGCCCGGCGACCAGGUGUGGGUCCAGAUGGCGCUGUCGGAGUACAGCGGGUUUUACUCCAGCGCCAAGACGGACAGCACCUUCACCGGCUUCCUGGUGUACUCGGACUGGAAGAACUCGGCUGUGUUUGCAUGA